GCAAUAACUGCGUGAAAUCAAUGUGUAUUCUCGAUUAUGAAUUUGAAAUAAUUUGUUAUCUCUUCAUGUGAUAUGUCAUAAGAGAGGAGAGUGGCGGUAGUGUAAUCAUUUCAUACAUUAAAAGCCGUGAAUCAGGCAGAAUUAUACAAAGGCAAGAAAGACACAAAUUUAUGCUCGCUCAUGCCCGCAGGGAUGGCUUCAUCGUAGUUUUCAAUCCAAGUGCCAAAUCGGUCGAUAAAUUACUAUGCGGGUAUUUGGAGGAGUCUGUCAUUUCAAGUAGAAGCGUGCUGUUCUGAAGACGAAAUACGCAGAAAGGAAAUUUCACUCUAAGGGAACGACAAUGCGCAAAAAAAUCAUGACUUAGGAUGACGAAUACAAAUGUGCAUGGUUAUCGCUAUUCUGUGAGCUGCAAGGCAAGUUAGAACGUAAUGUUUUCAGUUUUUGGAUAUGAAAAACGUGGAUGACUACUCACUGUUUUAUAUUCUAUCAGAAUUCUCAUCAAUUGCAAUUUGAGAUACUUUUUCACAGACCUUCAUUUUUUUUUCGUUUUAAACGACUUAUCCAGGUUGGACUGAAACUGCAUAUACAUUGCGUUGGUGUCAAAUACCACAUUACAAGCAGAUGAACUUAAUUGACAAAUCUCCGAUGAAAACGAACAAGAGUACUUCCAAACGAAAGGUCCACUGCGGCGAGCUUAUUAGGAGGGCGUAAAAGCCAAGUUGGUGAUUAGCAGAACCAAUGAAAUCCUCUGUCAAAAAAGGAAGGAGGCGUAUAUCUAUUCGAAGCUAAACAUAUGAUCCCAAAGGAGCUUGUUUGAAGAAGACUCGAUCUCGUAAACAGCACGUUCCAAAUUGCGAUCCAACUGAACACGUCAUAACACUGCCCUUGACAAAAAACAAACAAAACUUUUCAAGGAGAACUCCGGCGCUGAGGGGAGCUACGACAGGAUUUUAAACUGGCUUUAACAAAUACAAAAGUUGAUGAUCUUGGUGUGGAAAUCGCCCAAUGUUUCACACAAGCGUUUCGGGUGCAUUAUUUAAGAAACAUCGUAUCUCAGGCAACAACAAAACCCAACGAAAAUCCAUUUCCGAUUACCCCAGAGCUUCUAUUGGGUCCACAAACGACCGGAGGGUGAAAGGGUCAUUUGGUUCUACCAACGACAGACGUUUGACGAUCAACGUGAGUGGAAUUAAGUUCCAAACGUGGCAAAGCACGCUGCUGCGCUUUCCUGAUUCUCUGCUAGGAAGCAUCGAUACGAUGCAGCAAUUUUACGACGCGCGACGGAAAGAGUAUUUUAUCGAUCGAGACCCAUAUCUCUUCAAGUUCGUACUGAAUUACUACCGUUAUGGUAAGCUUCACUGCUCGCAAGAAGACUGCCCCGCGGCUUUCGAGGAAGAACUGCAAUUUUACGGGUUUUCAAUUUACGAUGUAGACAACUGCUGCUGGGAUCAGUGCAGCCCUAAAGAGAAAGGCGUUCUCGUCGAAGGCGACGAUGACGAACUUAAGGGAGAACAUUUAAAUUGCAAUGGGAAUUUAUGCGACUUACACUGCGAACCUAAACUUACUCUCCAGCAAAAGAUUUGGCGCACUAUAGGCCCCUCAAAGACGACAAAUACUGGAGUGAUCUUCCACAUAAUUUACGGUUUUUUCAUAUUUGUAAGUGUUCUAAUAGCUUCAUUGGAAACACUGCGUUGCGGGGAAACGUCGACAUGUGGAGAGGAACACCACAAAAUUUUCUUCACUAUUGAGUCUACAUGUGUCAUCAUUUUCACUGCUGAGCUCUUGAUAAGGUUCUAUGUUUGUCCGCAAAAGAAGAAAUUUAUGCUAUACGCUAUGAACGUGAUCGAUUUAUUGGCCAUAGUUCCCUAUUAUUUGACUCUGGUUGUGGAGAGCUUUGGUGUGGAAACAAGUUUUCUGCAGAUACUGAAGGUUUUACGAGUGAUUCGUAUUCUGAAACUCACCAGGAACUCUCGAAGGCUUCGCUGCCUUUUGUUGACUUUACGGCGGUGUGCAGUCGACAUUAUCUUCCUCUAUUGCAUCUGUUUCUUGGCAAUUAUCUUAUUUGGAACUGCGAUUUAUUAUUUGGAACUUGUGGAGGGGGAUCCGCAGUUUUCCAGUAUUCCAGAAUCAUUUUGGUACAUCUGUGUAACCCUCAUGACUGUUGGUUAUGGCGACGUCGUACCGUCAUCUAUUCUUGGUAAGAUCGUUGGUUCCAUUUGCUGCGUUUCUGGAGUAGUUUUACUUGCGUUGCCGAUUCCAAUUCUGCAAGAAAAACAAGUACCAUGCACGUUGGAAUCUGUGACAGCAAGAAGAAAGCGGAAGCCGGGUGAAAAGACAAAUGCAGAGUGCGUAACCUGUUUGGAGGAGAAUCGCUGUUCCCUAAGGGAUAUCUCUAAAGAAAGAAAUUCUUUAAUUUCAUACCAAAGAGAAUGAAAACAGCUAUAACCUGAACUCAUGUACUCAGAACAUAGCCCUACUAUUGGUAAGUUUCCAGCUAAAGUCGAUGUUUAUAAAUUCGAGAUAAUAUUUUGCUACGUAACCGCUAGUCAUAUCUUCAAGGUCUAUCAUUGUGUUUCAGUUAUCUCUAGAUCAGUAGGAUUGGUUAAAUAAGACCUCACUCUUCUUACUUUCUCUCAAUGGUAGACGUAAUGAACAGAGUUCUGUAUUGAACGAGUUAAAACGCACAAAACCUCCUAAUCAAUGAAAUCCACGAUCGGAUCGACCACUUUCAUAAAUGGCUGCCGGAUUAAUAUUCUUUUGUUUGAAUUUAAAUUAGCCCUACUGGCCUCGC